GUAUUGAUGAGUAAAGUAGCACCAUGGCAAAGAAGUCCCUGACAUUAGAAGACCUGAGUCUGACAGGGAAGGAGGAAGACAUCCCCCUCAAACGGAGACUAUCAUCUGGAGAUCUGCCAAGAAGUGAACAUACAGCAGUUGUGAAGUUUCUGUUGGGAAGGGCAGAUGCUCCGAAUAUUUUUGACGGCAGUACGGCCGUGAAUGGUACCUCCCCCAGUUCAGAAUGUCACCACAGAAUCUGUAUAACGGAGGUGGCUCCCUCACACAGCAGCUUCUUUGGAAACGAAAAUAAAGAUGACUGGAAAAUGUCUAUCAAUGAGUUUUCAUCAAAGAAACAAGGAAAAAGCAAGAGGGAUGUCCCAAAACGCAUUAGAACAUUCUACAAGAACCAGGAUGAAUUAAUCACAGCUUUUGAGGAUUUUCAUUUCGGAGUUGAUGAUGCUAUGGAACAAGCAGAGGAGGUCGCAGAGAAACAGAAAAAAGCCGGCAUCCUUGCUAAAGCUACUCUAGCCGUCAAUUUGUGUCUUUUGGUAGCCAAACUGGUGGCAGCCAUUUUGUCUGGAUCUAUUUCCAUCAUCUCCAGUUUAGUGGACAGCUGUGUGGAUCUCGCGUCUGGAAUCGUUAUAGCCGUCACAGAGCGGGCCAUGAAAAAAAGGGAUUUAUACGAAUAUCCUCAAGGACGUACAAAGUUGGAACCUAUAUCUAUUGUAAUACUGUCCGUGAUCAUGAGUCUAGCUUCUGUUCAACUGAUCGUGGAAAGUGCUGAGAGGAUUGUCGACAUCGCGACAGGAAAGGGAGAACGGCCUGAAGUGUGUAUCGUCACCAUUGUAAUCGUGUGUUCUACUAUUGUUCUGAAGAUCAUCCUGUUCCUAGUGUGUAGGAGAGUGAAGACUCCGUCAGUGGACGCCAUGACACGGGAUCACAGAAAUGAUGUCCUGUCUAACAUUAUCGCGAUUGUGUUUGGAUACAUAGGAUCCAAAAGCAUGUAUGACCAUUAUAAGGUGUCUGAGUUAGUGUACCUGGAUCCAAUUGGAGCUAUCCUGAUAUCUCUGUACAUACUGGUGGGCUGGUGGUCCACUGGUUAUGGACAAAUCAAGCUGUUAACAGGACACACAGCUAAACCUGAUUUCCUGAAGAAAUUAACCUGGAUCUGUGUCAAUCAUCACCCAAAGCUGCUCUAUGUGGACACGGUGCGGGCAUUUCACUUCGGAAUUAACUUCCUUGUAGAGGUAGACAUUGUUUUACCAGAGGAUAUGACUCUGAAGGAAGCUCACGACAUCGGUGAACCACUACAACAUAAACUAGAAUGUUUACCAGAAGUAGAAAGGGCUUUUGUGCAUCUGGAUUACGAGUUUGAACACAGGCCAUCUGAUGAGCAUAAACAAGUGUGAUAAAAGUUUCGGGGGGAAAAUAAAAGAAUGGAAGUUUUCUGCAAGAUGUACAUCUCAAAUUGUCUCUAUUUUGUGAUCUACAAUGUUGGAUACUGAUUGAAUUACAUCACUGUGUUAUCAGUGUAUUUAUUUAUAUAACAUUUUAGAAGAAGGUUUCCCAUUAUAUCAGAAAUAUAAUAUUUUUAUCCAUAUGCCCUGAAAAACUGCCGAGUCACGCCGGAUAUAGUUUUAUUCCACCGGAAACAGUUAUAUUGCCCUCCCAAACACAGUUAUGUUCCCUCGCGUGCAAUCAUUCUGCAUAUUAAAUACGUCAGGUUCAAAAUUCACAGAGGCAGUUGCUAAGCAAACGUAAACAGUUCCGCGAAAAUUAAAAAGUCGAGACAAUGUCUGCGAUUUGUUUAUUUGAAUUCAGAGGAAAUAGAUAACUUAAUUGAGGAGAAAAAUUCUUUAAAUACAAUAAAGGUUAUCAACACAAGUGUUAGCAUACUGAAAACAUUCUGCCAUGAAACAGGACGGGACAUUUCUGAAUUAUAAGCAACGUACAUUUAUACAUAGUGUUCAAUAAAUAUGUUUCAUGAUUGAUUUGGGUUCAAUGCUUAAAAGUGUUAUAUACCAUAUAUUACAUGGCUUAAUUCUCGGGCAGCAAU